AGUUUAAAGAGGUACUUUCUAUGUUUUUACGUCAGCACAAAGAGGUUUUCGACAUAUGUGGAUAGUUUGUAGACCUUUUCUGACCUGAUAGAGUUCGUUCAUCCGUAAAUUCCCAGAAGCCUCUCUUUAUUGAGUCGGUUUUAGAAGGAGAGGAACACUUAAUUUUCACUUUACUUAUCCUAAAAUAUGUCGAAUAGCAAACUUGCUUGCCCAGGCUCGCCGGGUGACUUGUUGAAAUUCACACGAUUCGGUAUUUUGUACGAUCAUUACGCCGUUGUUGUUGAAAAUGGCUACAUCGUCCACGUUACUUCCCUGGCUGAAGACUUACAAAGUAGUGAUCCAUGUCGUUGUAUUUGCUCAAGUGCGAAGUCCGUCCAAAUCAAAAAGGUAAAAUUCUGCGACUUUGCCAAAGAGACAGAUACAAUUCAAGUUGAGAGGGGUGACUACAAGGGCAAAGCUCCCCUACCAGUUGGCGAAAUUAUCACAAGAGCUCACUCCAAAAUUGAAUUGAAGGGAUACAACGUGUUUACAAAGAACUGCGAACAUUUCGCUCGCUGGUGUCGCUAUGGAUUGGAAGAGAGUUCCCAGAUCCAAAACUUUUUUACGGCGAUAGUAGAAGGAGCAUUUGUAUUAACUGGCUUUAAGGAGUUAAGAUACACUUCUUGUUGUGGCUGGCAUACCAUGCCAAAGCAGAUGGRUGUUUCCUUCUCAAGCUCAAGUGGUGCAAGCUUUUGCUUUGGCGAUUCCAUGGAGCCCGCGUUCUACCCUGGAAUGCCAUUAUGUGCUCGUUGCGGCAGGUUUUGAAUCCAGUUAUCGUUUUUAAAAAAAUAUUUGACGAGAAGAAAACCCUUAGAGAAUAUUUUAAAACCGAACGAUCUGGUUUUCUCGACAUACGUACUGUGUUAGUCCAGUUAUUUGUUCUGUGACACUUUUGAGUUUUUAUUCCAUUAUUGUUAACUGUCAUAGCCAGAUCUAUUUUUGUUAACAAUUCAUUAAUCUGCACUGUUGAAUCUAUGCUCAAAGAGAUGAUAUCAGUUACUUUUUUAAACAAUAUUUCUAAAGUUUUGUGCUGAGGAAAGGAAGCAACAGAUCCAUUGAAUAAAAUAAGCAUGUAAUUCUUAGC